AUGAUAUCAACCAAUCACAACGCCACUAACAACACACAUACGGAGGGUACCGCACCAAAGGGCCCUGUUACUGAGGUUCCUGAGCUUUGCAAAGAUGCAAGCGCCCAGGAGGUUGAAGAUGCCCUCAAGCUCGCCGGCUGCUGCUUGAUUCGCAAUUUUGUGAGCAAGGAUAUUAUCGACCAAAUCAAUUCUGAAUGUCGACCCACCCUGGAGCAAGAUGGAGCGUGGGAAGGGAGCUUUUUCCCUAAAGAGACCCGUCGGGCUUAUGGACUUGUUGGGCUCUCUCCAACCUGGGUCAAUAAUGUCUUGAUGCAUCCUGUCUAUCAGAAAGUCUGCACGCGUUUCUUGACCAUCCGUCACUGGAACUGGUCGGGCAACAGGAAGUUAUGGGCAACCAGUCGGCCAAUUAUCAAUGCCACUUCGUGUUUUAGUAUUCGGCCGGGUUCGAAAGCUCAGGAAUUACACCGCGAUGACACCGUUCACCACAAUCGAAUCGAGGCUGUCGAUGUCUAUCCCGAAGACCUCUCUCCCAGCGCUCCCAAACGUGAGACAUCGCUUGCUCUCUUCCUCGCCGGUACAAAAGCUACGAAGGAGAACGGAGCAACCGAGUGCAUUCCUGGAUCUCAUCUAUGGAGCUCAGAACGUAUGCCAAACGCAGAUGGCGUGCGCUAUGCGGCCAUGGAACCGGGAGAUGCCUUUCUCAUGCUAGGCUCCACAUAUCAUGCGGGUGGCCAGAACACGACGAAGGAUUCAGAGCGCCUUAUUCAUGCUACAUUCAUGUGCCGCGGUAUACUGCGUUCUGAGGAGAACCAGUUCUUGACCAUUCCCAUUGAGACAAUGAAAGAGCGCAGUCCCGCAGUGCAGAAGAUUACCGGAUAUUCUGUCUCGGAACCGUUUUGUGGGUGGGUUGGUUUGUCUGAUCCCAGAAGGUUACUAGAUCCUACAGUGCCCGCCUAUAGUGACCACCAAGGGGCAUUAGAGGACAUUCCGGAUGAGUAA